UGUUGUACAAAAACAGGAAGGAAAGACCACGUUAAGUUUGAAAGUUGUUUCUGUGGAGCUCGAUUGAGUCUUCAAGACAGUUCAGUGCAGGGUGAUAACUCUCCCAUGUUAUCUGAUGUUAGCGGAGUAAAUACGUACAUAUCAACCUUAGAUUAUCAAGUGAUAGCGAUUGUUUACAGACCUGGUGAUCUUAAAGUAAACAUACACCUACUAUUAUACGUCAGCUAUUGAUCAAUACUGACAAAAACGGAAACUAAACUUGAUUCGGAGUAAGGAUGAAGCAAAGCAGUUGUUUUCUGCUGUGUCUUGUCUAUCUUGCAAGCAUCUAUAGUGGCCAAUGUGUGUUUGUUAACAACGGGAACCCUUACAACGACGGCCCUUUACGUGUUGGCGAGUUAACUCUAUCAAAGACUAUCGUCAACAGUCCACUUCAUAGUAAAGUAUUCUUUCCUCUUAAACCUGAUACGUACGCGGCUGUUUAUUUUAUCGGGGGACUGGGCGGCUUAGUUCCCACAGAGGCGUACGAGAUUGUCUUGUCUAAAGUAGCCUCCCAUGGAUUUUUUGUGUUUGGUGUGGAUGCGCUGUUCCCUGUGUUGUCACGCUCCCCCUCGACAUCGCCUGGAAAACAGUCUGUCGGUGACACGGUGGAAAAAUAUUACAGUCAACUAAUUUGGCUGAAGUCGUAUAUGCGGAAUCAGACGACAUCGACGAUAGCGUGGGAUAAGUUAGCUCUGGUUUGUCACUCGGCCGGAUGUGACGACACACUCCAACUUAUCCUAGGGAACCGAACCAUGUACACGGCGACAGCUUUUCUUGAGCCAUAUAGCAAAAAUGCUAAGACGAAGAUGAAUUUUCAAAUGCCCGCAUUUAUGUAUGGGACCCAGCUUUCAGAAGAGGGACUCCAUUGCGCAAUAAAGGGAUUGGAUUGGGACCAAUUCUACGAGGUCUGGCUGUGCCCGAAAAUUAAAAUGGAAGCAAUUGGAUUUGGACACUGUGAUUUUCUCGAUCCGGAACCAUGGGAAGUGUGCCACGUGACCCAUUACUGCAAGACGACCAAUAACACGCGCCUCCCCCAGUAUCGACAGUUUGUCCAGGGCGCAGUGUCCAGUUUUCUGAUGACGACUUUGCAGGGGCGAGCUGGCGCGCUGGCCUACAUAUCAGACAUUCGGAAUGUUCCUCUACCAGUGAUGGACUUUAAGACUGAUUUAAAUUGUUCACUCAUUGGUAAGAAGUAACUUAAUUAAAGAGAUUCUUCCUAUGACGAAGCCGAUGGUGUUUGACUGCUCCUGUCGGGCAUGAGGUCCAAAUAGAGCCCCGUUCUGCAAAAACAAUUGAUGCAAAUGACAACAUGAACCAAAUUAUUACUUAAUGAUAUUAAUAAGUAUCGUAAUGUUGGAUGAAACGUGGCAAACCCAAGACGAAUGUUCACGUUGACGAGGUCCAUUCAAUAAAUUCUGUCACAUAUAUGAUGCAUAUAGUUUGAUCUUUCUAUUACAAUACUUCGAAGUAGUAUAAACACACUUUCGCAAUCGCGCUGUCCAGGACGUGAACGCUGCGCGGUAGACUUUCCUUGGUAUACUGGCGAGGCACGGGAACAAAUGCGCUACCAAGAGCAUUUCUUGAGGCAUACCGUUUCCAAGAGAGCAUUUUCUUUAGUAAAGGAAACAGGAAGAAGUCACCGAGACUUAGUUCUGGUGAAUAAGGAGGUUGGUCAAUCUGUUCUACAUUCUCUUGCUUAAAAAACCAUCUGUACAUUAUUGGGUUUUAGCUGGAUGCUAUUCAACCCUUUACUUGGAUGCUUUUUUAUGCAGAAUCUUGUGACAGUCUUAGGUACUUUGUCUCUGUAAUACUUGAGAGUUUUAUACCGAUGGGUCAAACGACCCAAGGUAAUAAAGAACUUGAAUAUAACUACACUUAUGAUACUUAUUAAUAUGUAUUGGGAGUUUUAGUUUGUUCUUCCGUCAACGGUUCGUGAAACACAGGCUCUCUAGAACUGAAAACUAAUUCUUGGCGCUUGUUAUGCGUCUUGCAAUCGAUGACCUUUCUUGAUACCCCUACAACCUUUGCUUGUUUCUAAUACGCCUCCGGGGUUCAAAGUGAUAGACCCAAGUCCCAUCCCCUGUAAGUAACUUAGAUAGCUUUCUUGAGUGGUAAUUGCCGAAUGUUUUCAAUAAAUCUU